AGUAAAACAUGAUUAAGAUAUUAAGGCAAAACGGUAAUGGUCAACUAGCAUUGCGUAUAUAAACCGUGGGCUGUAGAAGCAAACACACCUCAAUUUUUUUUCCCACAUUUUUCUCUCAUCUGUCUACGGUUGCAGAUUUAUCUAUUUUAACAGAAAUUAUCAAAGAAAAGUAAAAACAGAGUCCACGAAAAUUUGGGAUAAUUUGAAGAUCGAGACAUGAAGAAAUCUGGAAUCAUCGCUGCCUCCAUCUCUGUCGCUGCUUCAGCCACCGCCAUCUCUGCUGGCUCUACCAACACCUCUGUAUCCUUCUCUUCCCCCGAAUCUAAUCUUUCUCGUCAGGAUACGAAGGAGAAACAGAGGAAGAAGAAGGGUUCAGAAGAUGGAGGAGAUGAAAAGUUUGCUCCAAGGUUUGAUGGGUUACGAUUCAUCGAGACGCUUGUUACUGCUCACCGAUGAUAGCCUUUGCAUUAUUAUCUGAUUUUGGAAUUUGUUUACCCAAUUGAUCAACAACUUAAGAAUUUACUGAUUUUUAUGUUUUGGUGUGCUUUGGAUUAAAAGUGUACCCACCAAGAACCAAGUGGCAUAAUAUUAACGUUUAUGAGGUUCAUGUUUCGAUUUGCUUUUUCUUACUAAAUUUGUAUUUCUA